GAGCAUAAGAUCAGUCUGAGGAGGAGAUGUGAAUUUGUGACAGAAGGAACUGCUGCAGCAGGAACUGGAACCCCCCUCAACAGGAUCUACACUGAGCUCUACAUCACACAGGGACGGAGUGAAGAGGUUAAUACCCAACAUGAGGUGUGGCAGCUGGAGACAACAUCCAAGAUGGAGACCCUCCAUGACACUCCAAUCAGGUGCCAGGACAUCUUUAAACCCUUACCUGGCCAAGACACACACAUCAGAGUAGUUGUGACGCAGGGCGUUGCUGGCAUUGGAAAAACCUUCUCAGUGCAGAAGUUCACUCUGGACUGGGCAGAGGGCUUGGAAAACCAACAUGUCAGUCUUGUGGUUCUGCUUUCGUUCCGGGAGCUGAACUUGAUUAAAGAUGAGCGCUACAGUCUUCUCCAGCUGCUCCGUGUUUUCCAUCCAACAUUACAGACGGUCACAGCAGAGAAGCUCGCCGUCUGUAAAGUCGUGUUCAUCUUUGACGGCCUGGAUGAAAGCAGGUUUUUAUUGGAUUUCCAGAACAAUGAGGUCAUGUCUGAUGUCACACAGACAUCAUCAGUAGACGUGCUGUUGACAAACCUCAUCAAGGGGAAUCUGCUUCCCUCAGCUCUCCUCUGGAUAACUUCCAGACCUGCGGCGGCCAAUCAGAUCCCUCCUACAUGUGUCGACAGGGUAACAGAAGUGCGAGGGUUCACUGACCUCCAGAAGGAGGAGUACUUCAGGAGGAGAUCCAGUGAUGAGGAGCUGUGCAGCAGAAUCAUCUCACACAUCAAGGCGUCCAGGAGCCUCCACAUCAUGUGCCACAUCCCAGUCUUCUGCUGGAUCACUGCUACAGUUCUGGAGCACAUGUUGACUACAGACCAGAGAGGAGAGCUGCCCAAGAGCCUGACUAACAUGUACUCACACUUCCUGCUGGUUCAGACACAGAGGAAGAAGCACAAGUAUGAUGAGAGACAUGACAGCAGUCAGCAGGAGCUGAUGGAGACUGACAGGGAAGUUCUUCUGAAGCUGGGCAGGCUGGCGUUUGAACAUCUGGAGAAAGGCAACCUGAUGUUCUACCAAGAAGACCUGGAGGAGUGUGGUCUUGAUGUCAGAGAGGCCUCGGUGUACUCAGGAGUGUGCACAGAGAUCUUCAAAACCGAGUGUGUGCUCUUCCAGAGAAAAGUCUACUGCUUUGUUCAUCUGAGCAUUCAGGAGUUUCUCGCUGCAGUCUACAUCUUCCACUGCUACACCAACAGGGACAUGGAGACACUGGAGACAUUCAUUGGACACGAGUUGGACUAUGAAGACAGAGGAUCAUCCCUGGUUGAUGUAGACAGUUAUUUUCACAAUAUGUUUACUAGAUAUGAAAAGUCUAAAGUACCGGACACAUUCAUUGGACCCCUGGAUGUUUUCCUGAAGAGAGUCAUGUCUAAAGCCCUGAAAAGUAAAAAUGGCCACCUGGACCUCUUUGUCCGCUUCCUUCAUGGCCUCUCACUGAAGUCCAGCCAGAGGCUCUUAGGAGGCCUGCUGGGUCAGACAGAGAGCAGACCAGAAGACAUCCAGAGGGCCAUCAGCAACCUUAAAGAGAUGAACACUGAAGAUAUCUCUCCUGACAGAAGCAUCAACAUCUUCCACUGUUUGAUGGAGAUGAACGACCUCUCAGUACAUCAGGACAUCCAAAAGUUCCUGAAGUCAGAGAACACAUCAGAGAAGAAACUCUCUGAGAUCCACUGCUCAGCUCUGGCCUACAUGCUGCAGAUGUCAGAGGAGGUUCUGGAUGUGUUUGACCUGAAGGCGUACAGAACAUCACAGGAGGGACGACAGAGACUGAUCCCAGCUGUGAGGAACUGCAGGAAGGCUCGACUUUCUGGCUGUGGACUCUCAGAGACUCACUGUGAAGUCGUGGCCUCGGCUCUGAAGUCCAACCCCCAUCUGACAGAGCUGGACCUGAGUGAGAACCAGCUGCAGGAUUCAGGAGUGAUGCUGCUGUCUGCUGGACUGGAGAGUCCAAACUGCAGACUGAAGACUCUGAGACUGAGUUACUGCAGGUUGACAGAGAGCAGCUGUGCUGCUCUGGCCUCGGCUCUGAAGUCCAACCCCCAUCUGACAGAGCUGGACCUGAGUGAGAACCAGCUGCAGGAUUCAGGAGUGGAGCUGCUGUCUGCUGGACUGGAGAGUCCAAACUGCAGACUGAAGACUCUCAGGCUGAGUGACUGCAGGUUGUCAGAGAGCAGCUGUGCUUCUCUGGCCUCGGCUCUGAAGUCCAACCCCCAUCUGACAGAGCUGGACCUGAGUGGGAACUACGAGCUGCAGGAUUCAGGAGUGGAGCUGCUGUCUGCUGGACUGGAGAGUCCAAACUGCAGACUGGAGACUCUCAGGUUAUGUAACUGCAGCUUGACAGAGAGCAGCUGUGCUUCUCUGGCCUCGGCUCUGAAGUCCAACCCCCAUCUGACAGAGCUGGACCUGAGUCAGAACGAGCUGCAGGAUUCAGGAGUGGAGCUGCUGUCUGCUCUGGUGGAGAGUCCAAACUGCAGCCUGAAGACUCUGAGACUGAGGCACUGCAGCUUGACAAAGGGCAGCUGUGCUUCUCUGGCCUCGGCUCUGAAGUCCAAACCCCAUCUGACAGAGCUGGACCUGAGUGAGAACCAGCUGCAGGAUUCAGGAGUGAAGCUGCUGUCUGCUGGACUGGAGAGUCCAAACUGCAGACUGAAGACUCUCAGACUGAGGUACUGCAGGUUGACAGAGAGCAGCUGUGCUUCUCUGGCCUCGGCUCUGAAGUCCAACCCCCAUCUGACAGAGCUGGACCUGAGUGUGAACCAGCUGCUAGAUUCAGGAGUGAAGCUGCUGUCUGCUGGACUGGAGAGUCCAAAUUGCAGACUGAAGACUCUGAGGCUGACAGACUGUUGGGUCACAGAUGAAGGCUGUGCUUCUCUGGCCUCGGCUCUGAAGUCCAACCCCCAUCUGACAGAGCUGGACCUGAGUGUGAACCAGCUGAAGGAUUCAGCAGUGAAGCUGCUGUCUGAUCUGGUGGAGAGUCCAAACUGCAGACUGAAGACU